AUGAAUGUAGACCAUGAAGUUAGUCUCUUGGUGGAGAAGAUACAUCGUCUUGGCACAAGAGACCAGGAUGGGAAACUGAAAGUAAAAUUUGGUGUAUUAUUUAAUGAUGACCAAUGUGCCAAUUUAGUUGAAGCCAUGGUUGGAACUCUAAAAGCUUCCAAACGUAAGAAGAUUAAAAGUCCAUCUACUAAGGGCAUGCUGAGAUGA